AGGAGUACUUUGAGAUUACAUGGGCUAGCUUAAGGUCAAUGGUCGAACCAUCAUUUGCAAAACGUGCAGUGAUUAAUCACAGUGAAUACCUUCACAAUGCACGCAUUAUUUCAUCUCCCGCAAUCAACAUCACGAGGAGUGAAGUUUUGACAGAACAAGGAGAGGGGUUUGCAUAUGAUUAUCUUGUUGUUGCCACAGGUCAUUUGGAUAAUGGCAGUUCCACAAGAAAUGAGAAACUCCAUUACUACCAAGAAGGUCAGGAGUUUGAUGACAUCUAAUGUGUAUUGGCUCAAUACCUUUGAGGCUUUGAUACAGGCUUUCAUAUCAUCAGAUACCUAUAAUAACCCAUCUACUUUUGUACCCAAGUGCAUCAGAGAAUGAUAAUAUCAAAGCUGCUAAUUCCAUAUUGAUAGUUGGUGGAGGACCAACGGGUGUAGAACUGGCUGCUGAAAUAGCCGUCGAAUUUCCUGAUAAAAAGGUCACACUUGUGCACAAGGGAUCAAGGUUGCUGCAGUUCAUUGGAGAAAAGGCUGGUAAGAAGGCAUUUGAUUGGUUAAUUUCAAAGAAGGUUGAAGUCAUCCUCAAGCAAUCUGUUAACUUGGACUCGGCCUCGGACGGUGUGUAUUGGUUAUCUGGUGGUGAAACCAUAAGUGCUGAUCGCCAUUAUGUAUGUGCUAUGAAGCCUUUUGCAACAUCAUGGCUAAAGGAUACCGAUUUGAGAGGUAGCUUGGACGACCAAGGGAAGUUAAUGGUUGAUGCAAAUUUGAGAGUCAAGGGUCACAAUAAUAUAUUUGCCAUUGGAGACAUUGUUGAUACCAAAGAACUGAAACAAGGAUAUAUAGCUCGAAACCAUGCAUUGUUGGUUGCCAAGAAUGUGAAGUUAUUGAUAAGUGGAGCAGAGGAGCAGAAAAUGGCGAAGUAUAAGCCCGGUCCAACAAUGGCUAUAGUUUCUUUAGGUAGGCGAGAGGCUGUGAUGCAAGUUGGGUGCAUAACCAUUUCUGGGCGGAUUCCGGGAAUGAUAAAGUCUGGGGAUUUGUUUGUUGGCAAAGCGAGGAAGGAACUCGGGCUAAAAUCUUAGCCUUCAUAGUCUUGCAAAUUGGUGUUGUUUUUUUUGUCUUUUUUUAUUUAAUUGCUGAGUUAUAAGUAGCAUUCCACAUGUCUCAUUUUUAUAUUCAUACACUAUGAAUGUACAUUUUGAGUCUGAGAAAUAAUUAAAAGUUUGAUACCCGUGCUUCUUGACAUGGUAUUCAAGUUACAAGUUACAUUGUGAUGGUUUGAAAUUUCUUUGAGUUAGAAUGAAGUGAAUAGGGUAAGA